AUGCAACCGAAUCAAUUCCGGAGUCGUCCCGGCGGUAGCGGUGUAGGAACAAAUAAUGUGCGCAGUUCGACUGGCGCGGUCGGUCACAACAACAACCGAAUGCUCGGUGCCGGCAACCCAGCGGGUGCUUUGUCAAGUCACCAACCUCCAACUAACAUCAAUUACAAUCUAAUUACAACCCAGCAAAUGGAUCAUCAUGCGCUGGCUACCGGUUUGGACUUCAGCACCGCCCACCCUCCGCAAGCAGCACCAGGCAUGGUUGCUGGUGCAGCUGCUGGCUUCCCACACCAAUAG